AUGGCCACUGCAAUGUUAUGCCGGCGGGCCCUGGCCCAAAGGUGUGUUCCUCUAGCAUUGGGAGCCUCGCUCGGCAUUGGCCAUUUCGCAUACCGGAGUAAGAUGCAGCCCUACAGAUUGGAUGCGCUUUCCAGCAGCUCGGCAUCAACUUGGUCCCCAACGACUGGCGGAGUACUUGAAAUUGAAGAAGAGGAUGGCUUCAUCAAUUCGGACGUCCUACGGCAGGUGUCCGGCGGUAGCGUGACAGGUGUGUUAAUCUCAUUGCAAAAGAACCUAUGUGACCAUUGUCGCAUUCAAGGGAGACGACAUAGUAACAAUAUUCACUCGAGUGUUUUCUCGCGCACCCUCGUCUUGCUCAUGGGCCUCACGAUAGUUGCCUUCUCAGUGGCGGCCAAGUACGGUAUAGACUUGGUGCAUCAGUUCCGCCUUAAGGAAAGAGCACAGUCGUCGCGGGUUCUGUCCGCCCUCCGCAGCAACACCCCUUUCAAGCUGUCGUUCGGUGUUACAUUUGCUUUAUCUGCAUUUGCGCACUUUUGA